AUGUCUAAACAUCAAACUGUAAGCUGGUCGAGUCAAAUCAUAAUACCCUAUCCUGAGGGUCAUACAGUCUUAACAUCCGACUAUCCGUCCUCCAAGGCGACAGCGUUUACGCCAGAUAUCAUCCCACACUACGGGAACAGACUUACACCACAUCUAUUGAUCGAUGAAUAUUCCCAAUUUAUUAGUCUUCCGGUCCAACCAAAUGACACAAAUUACGUUUACAUUCGUGGAAAAUCAAUUGGCGAUGUCGAACCCGGAGCUAAAACCGCAGUUGUUCUCCGUGCCGCACCAAGCGAGCUCAUUCUAUGGCCUCAAGUAUGGAACAAAGUGAAGCCAACUGGCCCUGGACCAUUGGUUGUCAAGUCUUCCGCUCCGGACGAAGUCGUCGCUUGUGCCACGCCUUUCAGAUUCACACUGCCCAAUAUGGGUGGUGUCAAUUAUGCCCUGAUUGCUACCCAGUCCCCACUCAACAUCCUUCCCCCUCCUCCAGAAACACGUUUGAGGGACACUUUGCCGCGUCCUCCUGCAGAUGCAAAGAAUUGGAAGGAUCUCGCCGACUUCUUGAAGAAUGACACUUCGACAGUUUAUUACAACGUCAUUGUCGCUGAUCCCAAAGCUCCCAUCAUUAGUGUUUCUACACGUCUUCGGGUAUUCGAUGACGGUACGGAGCCACUUAAGUUCCAUAUCACCAUUGAUACCUCAAUAAUGCCAGGCGGUACAUUGUUCUCGCUCUCAUCUACAACUGGUACCAUCUACAUGGUCAAGUCCCCUCUCGCUCCCGAUGUUGGAGUCCAGGUUGACUUAGAACCCGGGUUUGACGACAUUAUCACACUUAACAUCUUUCCAGGGCCCGAAGAAGUCAUCGAUACGUUUGCCUGGGUCUCUCUCCAAGCCAACAUUAUUCAACCCCCUUCAGAAGAUACUAGGACCAUCCCAAUCGGAGAAACUCUUUUAUUGGGCGCCCUGAACAUUGUUUUCCACGAUGAGGCUGUCACCCAUUUGAAGUACGCAAGUCAUGCGGCUAACCAACUUCAGGAAUAUUCUAAAAUUCCGGAGGCCGAAGCCGGUGCAGAUUCAAUGACUGCUGAAAAUACAGAAAACCUCAGGAUAUAUGGCGCUGCAACUGGAUGGUGGUUCCGCGAUAGGUUAAACGAUACGAAUAAUUUCCCACGGUCCCUGUAUGGAUCCAACUCACCUGACAUUCAACCUGUUGGAACACAUAACAACCCCAAAUUUACUACCAUCUUAGGUGGUGGAAACUCCAAUGUAGAUUGGUCCACCAAUAAUACCAUCAAUCUCCAGCAAGGCGCACCAAACUAUAUUUAUCUCCGCGGAAACUGCACUUUGGGCAACGAUUACCUCGUUGAAACGAGGCUUUUCUGUGUUCUAGGCGAUCUGCUCAUCUACCCCUCUAUGUACGCCAGCCAAUCGGUUAACGAUGACGAUCAGCAUGAUGGAAACACAACCGCUAUUCGUCGAAUCAAAUCAACAUCGGCCAACAGUUUCAAUGUAAUAGACACCCCUUUUAAUAAGCUCAACCCUGCCCCUUUGCCAUCGGGAGCUCACUAUUGUCUUGUUGCGGAAUCCCGCCAUCCUACUGACCAGAAUCCGGACCCAAACUGGCCCCACGAAGAUACUGGAUCGUUUGACUCGCGUAAAUUCUUUUAA